AUGACUGCAUCUUCCCUGUCCAACGGAAGAGUUGAUCCUAACUUGCAAGGAAAGUUCCUAAUCAAAGUCCCGAAGCGUGACUCAACUCUUACAAACGAUUCCCAAUAUCCAAUCCCAAAGGGAAGGAUAAAAGACCACGAUCAUAGAAUUUUGAUUUUCGUUGGAUCAGUGCUAUUCGCAACUUCUGUGUCCGUCAAUUUUCUACUCAUCGGUGCUCUCACUUGGGGGUUUUUCUUUGUCUACCGCAAGAAGCUCAAGAAUAUAUCCACCAAAGAGAACUUCGUGGAAUCAAAUUUGCGUUAUUUCACUUACCAAGAGCUUUUCCAAGCCACGGAUGGGUUCAAGGAAGAGGUAGGCCGGGGAUCUUUCGGGAUUGUUUAUAAAGGGGUGAUGUCCAACGAUGCACCAAUUGCCGUGAAGAAGCUAGCUAGUGGGAUGCAAAACAAGGAGAGGGAGUUCAGAACAGAAGUCGAUGUGAUAGGCCAGACCUCUCACAAGAAUCUGGUUAGAUUACUUGGUUUCUGUGAUGAACGCCAAGAAAGGUUGCUCGUCUAUGAGUUCUUGAGCAAUGGCACACUAUCAAGUCUUCUCUUUUCAGGUGAAUCCAAACCCAGUUGGAUCCAGAGAUGCCAAAUUGCUUCAGGAAUUGCCAGGGGAUUACUAUACUUGCAUGAAGAGUGCACUACACAAAUCAUCCACUGCGAUAUAAAGCCACAGAACAUACUUCUCGAUGACUACUACAACGCGAGAAUCUCUGAUUUUGGACUUGCCAAGCUCCUGAAGAUGAGCCAGAGCCAUACUCAAACGAAUAUAAGAGGAACAAGAGGGUACAUCGCUCCUGAAUGGUUCAGGAACUUGCCCAUCAGUGUGAAAGUGGAUGUCUAUAGCUACGGGGUGUUGCUUCUGGAGAUAAUAUGCUGCAGGAGCUGUUUCAAGACUGAGGUGAGCAGAGAGAGUGAGGGAGGGCUCUUGACUGAUUGGGCUUAUGAUUGCUUCAUGCAUGGAAGGCUGGAUGCUCUGGUUGAAGGUGACACGGAGGGUCUGAGUAACAGGGUGAAGCUGAAGAAUUUGGUCAUGAUCACGUUAUGGUGUAUUCAAGAGGACCCUUCCUUGAGGCCAACGAUGAAGAAGGUGACACAGAUGCUGGAAGGAGCAGUGGAAGUGCCUGUCCCUCCAUGUCCAUUCCCCUUGAACAGCAGCACCUCCUCUUUCCUUCACCCAAAUUGAACAGGGCUUAAGUGGUAUGCUCCAUGAAUCACAAUUUUCUCACGCUGGUCGUGAACAUGUUAUCUUCGCUACGUACAUUUUUGCAUCUUGCUGGGUAACUUACAAAGGAGGAGAACCUCCGGUUGCCAAUGUAAGUUACUACAGUAAUUUUAUAUGUAAUCCUAGAAAAUAAAAAUAAGGAUUAUUUUGAUAAUGAAUGUAGUACUGAAGGAUGCAACUUAGA